AUGCGGUACAUUCAAGAGCAUACACAGAUUCCCAUUCCUAGAGUUCACGCGUACGGCCGGGCCUAUCUCUUGCACGAUAACUCUGCGGAGCAGGCUUUCAUGAUCCUUGAUCGAAUUGAGGGUGAGAAGCUCGUCGAGCGGCAGCUUUUGACCAGCUCGAAAGAACACCGACGUCAAUUCUUUUCGGAGCUGAUCGACAUUUAUGCCCAGUUACGAAGCCUUGAGUUCUCGGCGGCUGGCUCGUUGAUGCCGGCCCAACCCGAAGGUUCAACUUCGACGCCAGCAAUUGUCGGUGCUUUCUCUAUACCUAUAAAUGAACUCAAGAUCCAAGGAUAUUCACCUUCGCCUUCGCCCUCGCCCUCGCCAUGCUGGUCCACGGCCGAGUUCAUCUCCCAACAGCGCCGACUGCUUCGGGAUUUCUUGCUGCCUACCCAAAGCCUGGACCGGGAGACGGCAGAGUUGGAACUGUUUGCACUCGACUCUCUAGGUCAGAUACCUGUAGCGGUUGAUCGCCAAGAUGAACCGUUCGUGCUUUCUCACACAGAUCUCCGAUGGUCCAAUAUCAUGGUGGAUCAUGAGCUCCAUAUUGUCGGCAUCAUUGACUGGGAGUGGGCAGGCACAGUUCCCGCAAGCAACUUGACACCACCAUCAUGGAUCACUGCCUCCGAGUACUACUUUGCAGAGUUCCGCUUCGUCUUGGCAUCAAAGCAUACUUCCUCUCCUCACUCAAAGCUUCUGAGUGAGUGGAAUUGUGAGUACACGGUCACGUCACGGGCUGCAGAGAUAUUUCGAAACCCACACCACCUCGUCAACGUAUUUUAUAGCUUCAUCUACCCCAAACUCUUCACUGAACCCCGUCAGAAAGUCGUCCCCGAGUAUUUCCGUUGUGAGCAGAAGCAGCUGGAGCUUCAAAGGCUGCUACAGAGCUCUGAGCGCUACACCAAGUAUCUCAGAGAAAAUAAUCUCUUUAUUAACAACGACGAGGAAGACCGACGAGCGAGUGAGUGGAUGGCCGAGGUACAAGCAUUUUAUGAUGGCAAGCAAAACUCAUGCGCAAUGGGAACUAUGUUCGCCCUAGAGUGUCACGAAAGAGCUCAAUGA